UCUUCAGCCUGUGGGGGAGGGCACAUGGUGGCUGCAGAGGAGAGAUGACGCUCCUCCUCUGAGCUUCAUAAGCCGCUGCUCCAGUCUGUCUGUGUGACACUGCAGAGACGGAGAAAGCUCAAAGGGCCUCAGAGAUGACGACUGGCUGUGUGAGGUCGACCCUGGAGCCUGAACAUCGACUGAUGACACAGGAGAGCAAACACUACAAGGAGGCGCUGGAGAGCCCGCUGGACAGGAAGUCAAAGAUGAAGGAUGAGGAGGAGGAGCCUCUCUGCGCAGAGAAUCAGGAGGCAGACCAGGAGAAGAAACCUCGCAGAAAAGACACGCCUGUCCUCAACUCUCCUCCACAUAUACCAGGAGUGAGACUGCUGAAAGCAGAGAAGCAGAUGGUUCACUUAGAGGAUGAAGAGAGAGAUGUGAAGGACUGAAGCCUUUAACUUUUGUUGUCAAUGAAUGUUUUUAUGUUCACAGUCUCAUUAAAUGUUGCUUUGACCAAA